AUGUUUUUGAAAAGAAACACCUAUCUGUUGGUUUGUCUGUUGUGCUCUCUGACCCUGUGGUGUAAGUCAACCAGUGCUGGCUCCAGUUAUCUCAGCCCUUCACAAAAACCUCAGAACAGGGGGAAAUCUCCCAGAGUUGGCCGCCAAGUCAUGGAGGAGCCUGGUCAACCCACUGAGGACAACCACAUCACAGUAAGUGCCCCCUUUGAAAUUGGCAUCACCAUGACAGCAGAGGACUUUGAGGAGUACGGCGUGAUGCUGCAGGAGUUCAUCCAGCGUCUGCUGGGAAACACAGAGACAGCAGAGAGACCAUCACAACUUUGA